AGUGUGUGCAGUGACACCAUGAGCUGCAGAGCAGACAAAAUCAAAGACGGCAGACAGGAGAGGACAUUUCAGUCCACUAUUCGGCCUCAGCCUCUCUGAUGCCAGACCAUUAGGUGGCGAUAAAGUGUUUUUGUUCAGCCAAUUGACUCACGGAGAGUCGCAUUAAAGCGCGGACUUAUUUCGCGCGAAACAGCGUUGCUCACCAAGCCGCCUUGUCUGCUUCAUUGUCCGCAUCACUCCUCUCGGCCUCUCAGCUCUCUACUUUUUCACAUUUCCUACUGAAAAUGCCUAAAAGGUCUUGUCCAUUCAGCGAGUCGUUCUCGUCGCAGUAUAAGAUCCAUGUCGGACAAAAGGAGCUGAACCUGCACGGUGUUUUCGGCAACAAGUACAGGCAGGAAGUCUAUGAAAAGACCAAGAGCCUGCUCUUCAAUGGGACUAAAGCAGUAAUGGAGCGAAUCUGGAAGGUGGAUGCAGAGGGAAAGUGCUCUGACGUGGAUAUGAGCAAUCAGGGUCAUGUUCUACAGCCCACAAAUAGCCAGAUGCUCCUUAAAGGACAGACGCUGAUUGGCCUGGAUGGCAAGCUAAAGAAAGCAAAGCCUGUUUCAGAUGCUGUGAACGCUCCUGCAGUGUGUGGAGUGUGUCAGAGGGCGUCGGGAGCAAGGAGACCGUGCUCACAGUGUGAACGCCCUGUGUGUCUAGCUUGCACCCAGCAGUGCAGCAGCUGCUCCAGCCACUGCUGCUCCAUAUGCACUGUUACUGAUUACACAGACCGCUAUGAAAAGACCCUCUGCUGUAGUUGCUCUUCAUAAGUUGGACACAGGAGGGAUUCACUGAAUUGGAUGGGUGGAAGUGAUUGGGGCUUACACUUGAUCUUUUAAUUCAUUCCACACUAUGUAAAUGAACUAUUUUUUUUAUAAAUAGAUAUGUAUUUUAUGCUUGUAUAACCAGUUGUUCAUGUGUGUACAUAUGUAAUUUUUACUGACUGAAAUAAAUACUAGACCUUUGAUAAUUAA